UAAAAUUAAAUAAUGCAACAUUUUAUUUAUUUUUUAUUUUUGUUUUUGAGUUGCAUGACUGAAGUCUUGAAUGGUCGACGUGUGUAAUAUCUAACUGCUAUAAGAAGAGCUAUAAUGUUUGAAGUUGUUUUCUAUUCUUUUCACUAUAGCUAUUACCUUUAUAACAUUGUUCAUUACUUUUUUGAAUUAUUUUACACUUUUGGUGGUUUUGUUAUUAUUUUUUGCUUCCUGACAAGUUGAGUACAUUUUAUUAGGCUCAUGGUAUCCAUCAUUUGGUGCUUCCCACGAGAGAUUACCUCUUUGCUCCAUCCAUAGUCAAUAUAUGCCAAGCUGUAGAUUUCAUUCAUGAGAAUGCAUCCCAGAGGCGAAGUACAUACAUCCACUGUAAGGCUGGUCGGGGACGCAGCACAACCAUUGUCAUCUGUUAUCUAGUGAAGUAUAGGCAGAUGAAGCCUGAUGCGGCAUAUGAUUAUGUGAAGUCAAUACGACCAAGGGUCCUCUUAGCAUCUUCCCAGUGGAAGGCUGUCCAAGAAUUUUACCAUCUCAAGAUGAAUGCUAAUAGCUCAAGCCAGUUGACUGGUCUAUCCCUAAGUCCAAGGUUCUUGGCUAAGCGAGAUCUCUUUGCAUUUGACGAUGGCUCUGUAGUUGUUAUAACAGAGACAGAUGUUGAUGGAUAUGUUCGAGGAGACGAGCCUGGAAUUGCUGGAAAUGAGAUAUGGGCAGAUGUGAGUUUGAUAUACCGAGUUAAAGUUGCUGGUGAUGCAGCUCUGGCCAGACUCUCCGGACUCUGGUUUAUUUGGAAUUCUCGUCAAAAGAUUUCAAGCAAGAAGCUAUCUAGUGAUGGUGGUUGUGCAGUUAAUGGAAGCAACUGGAAAGUUUAACCGUAGAUGUUUAGUAUGUAUGUAUGUAUGUUCUUCUGAGUUGUGAAUAUCUGGGUUCUUUAUAUAGAGCAAAAUACUGGUCUCGAGAAAUCUGUAAACGUUCCCUUCGUAAAUUGAGACUCGUUUCUUUCUGAAAAUACUUUUGCUUAAGAACGAACUCUGUUUCAUUAAGCAACGGUUCAAUUCUGUGUGCAAUUUGCCAUUCAGGACCAUAGUUACAAUUAA